CCCUCUCCCCAUAAAUAGUUAUCGUUUUGCAGUGCCAAUAUCGAAUCGAAUGAUUUCUUCUGAAGCGAAGUCAAUUUCUUCUUCUUCAAUCGGGUCCAACGCCUGACCUCCACUGAUUUUGUUCAAAGCUUCAGCUAUCAUCGCUGCAAAUCCACAGCUAGAAUUUGAUGGAUACCAACAAUUGGAGGCCUAAUCCUCCUGGCGGGGAACCUGCGGUGGACACAGGUGAUUGGAGAGCUCAGUUGCCGCCUGAUUCUAGACUCAGAAUUGUCAACAAAAUAAUGGAAACAUUAAAAAGGCAUCUUCCUUUUUCUGGGCAAGAAGGAUUACAAGAACUGAAGAAAAUAGCUGUAAGGUUUGAGGAGAAAAUAUAUUUUGCUGCCGAAAGCCAGCAAGAUUAUCUUCGAAAAAUAUCUUUGAAGAUGCUUACAAUGGAGAGCAAGUCCCAGAACACUGUGCCCAAUCCUUUGCAGUCCAACUCUCCGAGCAACAGCAACAUGCCCCCUGAUCAAGCAUCUCAUAAUAUGCAGUCCCAACUUCAAAAUCAAGGGCAAUCGCUUCCUAUGCAAUUUCCAUCAAGUCAGCAAGCACGCCAACAGUUAUUAUCCCAAAACAUCCAGAAUAACAUUGCAUCUGCUGGAGUUCAAGGUUCUGCUGGUUUGGCAAUGUCCUCUGUGGCUGGUCUAAGCCAGGCUCCUAUUCCCAAUGUUGUUAGCCAGAACUCUAACAUGCAGAACAUAUCGAAUGUUUCCCAGAAUUCAGCAGGGAAUUCAAUGGGACAGGGGGUGCCCUCCAAUAUGUACACUAACUCUCAAAGGCCAAUGGCUGGAAGGCAACAGGUGGUUGGGCAACAACAACAGCAGCAGCAGCAGCAACCACCGCAACAGCAGUCCCAGAACACACAACAGUAUCAUUAUCCGCAGCAGUUACUCAUGAAGCAGAAAUUCCAGCAGGGAAAUCUCCCACAUUCACUCAUGCAAUCACAUAUCCAGCAACAGCAGAACAUAUUACAACCAACACAGUUGCAAUCCUCUCAGCAAUCUGGUAUGCAAACAUCAUCCAUGAUGCAGCCUUCCUUGAUGCAAUCAGCUCCUCUAUCUAGUCUUCAACAGAAUCAGCAGUCUUCUGCCCAACAAUCUACUCAGUCUAUGCUUCAGCAACAUCAACAACCAGUCCUUAGGCCACAACAACAGCCACAGCAGGCUGCUGGCAUUCAUCAACAGCAAAUGGCACAGCAGGCAUUGUUGCAUCCACAGCAGCAGCAGAUUGGGCAACAGGCAAAUGCAUCAAACAUGCAGCAGAAUCAGUUAAUUGGGUCACAAAACAAUGUGGGGAAUUUGCAGCAACAGCAGAGGUUGCUGGGCCAGCAGAACAAUCUUCAGAACCUGCACCAGCAGCAGCAGUUGAUGACUCAGCAAAACAACCUCUCAGGUAUGCAUCAACAGCAACUGGGCCCACAAAUUAACAUUUCUGGUCUGUCACAACAGCAGCCGCAGCAGAAAUUGCUUGGAACUCAGUCUAGUAAUCCAAGCAUGCAAACUAAUCAGCACUCCGUCCACAUGCUGCAGCCUUCAAAGGCACCAAUGCAACAACAACACCAAAACUCGUCCAAUUUGUUACCAACCCAAGGGCAGCAGUCACAACCCCAGCCAUCUCAGCAGCAAUUGAUGUCACAGAUGCAGUCACAGCCUGUACAGUUGCAACAGCAGUUGGGUUUGCAUCAGCAACCUAAUCCAUUACAACGAGAUAUGCAGCAAAGGCUUCAAGCAUCAGGUUCUUUGCUUCAAGCACAAAAUGUAAUUGAUCAGGAAAAGCAAUUGUAUCAAUCACAAAGGGCUCUUCCAGAGACGUCAUCAACAUCUCUAGAUUCCACAGCCCAAACAGGACAUGCUGACGGGGCUGAUUGGCAAGAGGAAGUCUAUCAAAAGAUCAAAGCCUUGAAGGAGACUUACUUGCCUGAAUUGAAUGAAAUGCACCAAAAAAUUGCUGCUAAAUUUCAGCAGAAUGAAUCUCUUCCACAACCACCAAAGCCAGAGCAGGUUGAGAAGCUGAAAGUCUUCAAGGCUAUGUUGGAGCGCAUUAUAAAUUUCUUACAGAUACCCAAACAUAGUAUUGUGCCCAAUUUCAAGGAGAAGUUGGGUUCCUAUGAGAAGCAGAUUAUAAACUUUAUAAACUCAAACAGGCCGAGGAAGCCUCCUUCCCAGCAGCUAGGAGGCCCAGGACAGAUUCUGCCGACUCAAAUGCACUCCAUGCAGCAGUCACAAUCUCAAAUUACUCAAAUUCAGUCUCAUGAAAAUCCGAUAAACCCUCAGGCCCAGUCAAUGAACUUACAGGGUUCUACGGCAACAAUGCAGCAGAGUAGUAUUGCUAAUUUGCAGCAUAGUUCUCUGUCUCAGCAAAACAUGAUGAAUUCACUUCAGCCAGGCUCCAAUUUGGAUUCUGGACAAGGAAAUGCAUUGAACUCAAUGCAGCAGGUUCCUGUGGGAUCUCUGCAACAAAAUCCUGUCAGCGCUCCCCAACAGGCCAAUAUGAAUGCCCUGUCAACUCAAAGUGGGGUGACCAUGCUUCAGCAAAACAUUAAUCCCCUUCAGUCAAAUUCUAAUGUGCUACAACAUCAGCAUCUGAAACAACAGCAGGAGCAGAAAAUGUUACAGACACAGCAGCAGUUCAAACAACAAUAUCAACAGCGUCAGAUGCAGCAGCAGCAGUUUCUGCAGCAGCAGCAACAGCAGUUGCAUCAGCAAGCAAGGCAGCAGAUGCCUGCACACCAGAUGGUCCAGCUUCAUCAGAUGAAUGAUGUUGGCGAGAUGAAGAUGAGACAGGGAAUGGGUGCUAAGCCGGGAAUGUUCCAGCAACAUCUUUCAGCAAGCCAGCGCCCAUCUUAUCCGCAUCAACAACUGAAAUCUGGAGCUUCAUUCCCUACAUCUUCACCCCAACUGCUUCAGGCUGCAUCUCCUCAAAUGCCUCAACAUUCUUCUCCACAGGUUGACCAGCAAAACCUGUUAUCAUCUCUCACCAAAUCUGGAACCCCUUUGCAGACCGCAAACUCACCUUUUGUGGUCCCAUCUCCUUCAACUCCCUUAGCCCCUUCUCCUAUGCCAGGGGACUCUGAAAAACUCAUAUCUGGUAUUUCCUCAAAUGCUGGAAAUAUCGGGCCCCAACAAAUGACUGGUGCACAAGCACCAGCCCAAUCUCUGGCAAUUGGGACCCCUGGGAUAUCAGCCUCUCCAUUGCUUGCAGAAUUUACCAGUCCAGAUGGAGCUCAUGCUAAUGCUUUGAUUAAUGUUCCUGGGAAAUCAAGCAUCACGGAACAGCCCAUUGAGCGUCUGAUGAAAGCAGUGAAGUCUAUGUCACCUCAAGCAUUGAGUGCAUCUGUGAGUGACAUUGGUUCAGUUGUCAGUAUGAUUGAUAGGAUUGCAGGAUCAGCACCAGGUACUGGAUCUAGAGCAGCAGUUGGUGAGGAUUUGGUUGCCAUGACAAAGUGUCGUCUGCAGGCAAGAAAUUUCAUCACUCAAGAUGGAAUAAGUGGAACAAGGAAGAUGUGGCGCUACACAAGUGCCAUGCCCUUAAGUGUUGUCUCAUCAGCUGGAUCUGACAGCCUUAAGCAAUUAAGUGGUUUAGAGACAUCUGAACUGGAGUCCACUGCAUCAUCGGGUGUGAAGAGGCCUAGAAUAGAGGCUAAUCGUUCCCUUCUGGAAGAGAUAAGGGAAAUAAAUCAGCGAUUUAUAGACACAGUGGUUGAUAUUAGUGACGAAGAUGUUGAUCCAACUACAGCUGCUGCUGAAGGAGGUGAAGGAACUAUUGUUAAGUGCUCUUUCAGUGCCGUGGCUCUGAGUCCAAACUUGAAAUCACAAUAUGCUUCAGCACAAAUGUCACCAAUUCAGCCCUUACGAUUAAUGAUUCCCACGAAUUAUCCAAAAUGCUCGCCAAUACUCUUAGACAAGUUUCCAGUUGAAAUCAGUAAGGAGUAUGAAGAUCUCUCAAUGAAAGCAAAGUCCAGGUUUAGCAUAUUUCUCAGAAGCCUUUCACAACCUAUGUCACUUGGGGAGAUAGCAAGGACCUGGGAUCUCUGUGCCCGUGCAGUUAUCUCCGAGCAUGCCCAGCAAAGUGGCGGUGGCAGCUUCAGCUCAACAUAUGGGACUUGGGAAAACUGCUUGAGCGCUGCAUGAUCGUCCUCUGUCUUACUGGACAGCUGUCUCUGCCGUCGGUAUCAGGGCAUUUGUAAAGAGACGUAGUGUAGUCAUAUAUGUUGUCCAUCUUUCCUUAUGUUCAAUCUCUGAGCUUGAAUAAUAUGCAUCAUUAUACAUAUCUAUAACAGGCUGUUAUCAUGUCUGUCUGUAGCCAUGCUGCUGCUGUUGUUUGUAUGAAUUACCAGAUUGGUUUUUGUGUAUUAUCUCAAUCGUACUCAUUCUCCGCCUCUCUUUAUUCUCAACCCUGAGAAUAAGGAGAGGCGGAGAAGAAUCGGACUGAAACUAAUUACCGAUGUCAAUAAUUAUUUUUUGAUGCGGAUAAUCAUUUCUUGGUGCCGUUAAAUGUCA